UCUUUCAAAUUUAUGAGAUAGAUUCGGCGUAUAAUUUUGCUAAAUGUGAGGAUAGUAUCGACGGCGUGACGAUGUUCGAUUAGUACCAGAUGAUGCGUUUACAUCCUUAGCUAUGGUCCACACAGACUUCAUCAAGUUGCCAAUUGUGUCUAGUUUAUGAGGCGCAUAUGAUAUCAUUAUAAUUAGUAGAUGAUGCGAAUAACGAACGAAAUGACGUCUCUUUCAAACCUUCACUUCAGUAAUCCGCUCGACUGAUUUGUAUUUGAAGCGCUCGAAUCUCUCGAUAGUAAGUGUCUGGAAGAAUUUUCCUUCAACUUCAUCAUUCAAGUAACUUAUUCGCCACCGGUCCAAGCCUUAACUCGAUAUUUUCAAUAUGGCGCCCAGGUACAAGAAAGGCCUAACGGUCAAAUACAAGCCUGUCGGAGGACCUGAUUCGCACACUCCGGAGAGCGUUGGAAGAAUUGUCGGUGUCCUUACCGAACCAGGUAUACAGGCGGAUAGGAACGUUCAGGCCAGCCCUGAUAAUCCUCGAUACGAGAUCAUCAACGAAAAUACCGGGAAGGCAUCCACAAUUUACGAGAGCAACAUUCUCGGCUUGGCCUAGUAAAGGAGUCGUAACCAAGUUGCCGGUAUAUGUAAAAACACCGUUUUUCACAAUGUCUCGAGGGUACAUGUCAGCGGCGGUCCGUACACUGCAAUAGGACGGUUAACUUCUGAUGGAAUGGUCCGAGAUUCUUGAUGGUCAAAUAAACUGGCUUAUUGUAAUAUAUUUAGUUCGACGACUGCAAUUAAGUUACGCGUAACCACGACACAUUUGAAUUAGGUAUGUUAUUGUCUUACAACCUUGUAUCGAUGGCUCGAAAAUCAUUGCUGCCUAAACCAAUUUCGCCUGUUCGCCGUAUCUCCCCUAUUGAAGGUUGUUAGAAACAGACGCAAUUAUAGGUUAGGUUUGGGGCAGCCAUAGGAGUUUUGAAUAUUUGAAGGUGUGGAAUUUAUAAUUCGUAAUUUACAAUUUAUCGUGAAUAUAUUUAUCGUGAAUAUAAUACGUGGUAAAUAACGUCGAGUGAAG